ACGAGAAGACCGACCGGAGUAGUGGAACCAACGGAAAGUCCGUCGUUGGGCAUUUUCGUUUACGGACUUUGUUCAAUGGCCGUUAUUGGCGGCUUUUUGUUCGGCUAUGAUACUGGCAUUGUAUCGGGUGCGAUGCUCUAUUUGCCCAGAGCGGACGGCUUGAAACCGAUGGAUUCAAUAUGGAAGGAAUUAAUUGUCAGCUUAACACCAGGAAUGGCCGUGAUUGGCGCAGUAUUAGCCGGUCCAGCAUCGGAUCGCUUCGGGCGUCGACCAGUAAUAAUAUUAUCCAGCCUUGUAUUUACAAUCGGUGGGAUUGUUUGCGCAGCAGCACCCGAAAAAGUCACACUUCUUGUUGGCCGAAUUCUGCUUGGACUGGGAAUUGGAUUCGCAUCAAUGAUUGUUCCAAUUUAUGUGGGUGAAGCAUCACCUGCAAACAUUCGAGGACGUUUGGUGACAGCUUUUCAAUUAAUGAUCACUUUUGGUCUAAUGGCUGCAAAUCUUUUUGCAGGAGCCUUUUCGUAUAUUGACCCGACGAGGGUGGGAUGGCGAUUGAUGUUUGCUUUUGCUUCAGUGCCAUCUUUGAUUCAAUUCAUUGGAUUCUUUUUCUUGCCCGAAACGCCGAGGUUUUUAUUCAAACGAGGACGUUCAGAUGAAGCACGACGGGUAAUGGUUGAUAUCUUUGUAAGAUAUGAAGUAGAGAUACUUUCCGAUCAGGAAUUUUCUUAUUUUCGCACAAAUAUGAUUUGUUUUGAGGUGCUGAAUAAAAUUUACGGCGGAAACGCUGAAUGGGUGAUUUAUGAGAUGGAGGAAAUUCGAGCCGCAGAUCGUGAGGAGCGAAAAGCACAAGAACUUCUCGGAGGUAAACUCGCAAUCGUACGUAUAUUUCAAACACCACACGUACUCAAAGCCUUACUGAUCGGUUGUAUCCUUCAAUUUUUCCAGCAAUUAAUUGAAUUGAUUCGACUCCAUUUGCAGCUUCUUGUUUUCAGCUACUACACAAGUCAUAUUAUUACGGCUGCGGGUAUUCGAGAUGAGCACGUUACAAUUUGGAUCUCACUAGCAAUUUCAUUUGUCAACUUUGCUGCAACAUUUAUACCAAUAACGACAAUUGAGAAAUUCGGUCGACGUGUUCUGUUGCUGAUCUCUGUUGCUGGUGUUAUACUUGCGUUGAUUUUAAUGGGUAUCGCUUUCAUACUCAUCAAUAAAGACUCAGCCAAAACGAACCGGUGGCAAGUGCCAGCAAAUAGCACAAGUCCCUACGCGACAAUGUGCAGUGAUAUGACAUUAUGUGAACCAUUUGAUUUGGAUUCGCCCGAAAAUUCUGUGAUCGGAGAUUGUAAGAAUGCCGUCAACGACACAAAGUACGUUUGGGAGAGUGACUCGUGUGAGUCGAAAUUCACGGUUAUGCCAAUUGUUGUUAUGGUCAUUUACUUGGGAUUCUUCUCAAUGGGUUAUGCACCGUUACCAUGGGUGCUGAACGCAGAAUUCUACCCGUUGUGGGCUCGUGGCACUGGCUGCGCGUUAUCGACGGCGUGCAAUUGGAUCGCAAAUUUGAUUAUCUCGUUGACGUUCUUAACACUCAGCGAAGCGGUCACAAAAUACGGUGCAUUCUUUAUCUACGCCGGUAUCACAGUGGUCGGUAUCGUCUUCAUCUACUUCUUUAUACCUGAAACGAAAGGUCUACCUAUUGAACAGGUAGAGUUGCUGUUUAUGUCCGAAUCGGAACGUCUCAAGAUUGCCGAAGAAGCGAACGCACAUAUAGCAGCAGAACGAAAGAAAACACUUGAAAUGUUAAGCCAGACCAAUGCCGGAUUCACUGAUGAUGACACAAAAGCAACGGAAAAACAACCAGCCGUUGAUGAGCAAAUAUUGAAUGUGGAAAAAAUUCGUCAUUCAACGUCCUCAUCAAAAUCCAAUCGACCAUUUUACUUUCAACAAGGCAAGCAGCAGGAUGAAUAUGUUCGUGUGUAUGUCGCAACAACAACCAGCUCAUCGCCUUUAUCAUCGCUUCGACCAGCCACACCACCCAGAUACGGCUUUUACGUAUAUUCACUGUGUUUUAUGGCCGCUAUCGGCGGCUUCUUAUUUGGUUACGAUACCGGUGUGAUAUCGGCCGCUAUGCUCUAUCUACCCGAUUAUCCGGGCAUUCAGCCGAUGAACCCUCUCUGGAAACAAUUGAUCGUCGCAAUUACACCAGGAAUGGCAAUCGUUGGAGCAUUAACUGCUGGCCCAGCCUCGGAUCGUUUCGGUCGAAAAUUAGUGGUGAUCAGUUCGAGUGGCGUUUUCACGAUCGGUGGUAUCGUUUGCGCAGCAGCAACCGAGAAGAUCUGUCUUCUAGUCGGUCGAAUUCUCCUCGGUAUUGCAAUUGGUUUUGCCUCGUUGAUCGUACCUGUCUAUGUUGGUGAAGCAUCACCGGCUAGUAUCCGCGGACUAUUGCUAACUGCAUUUCAACUGAUGAUCACUUUUGGCUUAAUGUGCGCCAAUUUAUUCUCUGGUGCGUUUUCGUAUAUAAACGGUGUCUAUGUGGGAUGGCGUUUGAUGCUCGGUUUUGCAUCAAUUCCAGCGUUGAUUCAAUUUAUUGGAUUCUUCUUUCUUCCCGAAAGUCCUCGAUUUCUCUAUGGACGAGGAGAACUUGCUAAAUGUGAAGAGGUACUGAAAAAAAUUUAUGCUGGUAGCAAAGAUUGGGUGGAAUAUGAGAUGGAAGAAAUCAAGCAAGCAGAUGAUGAGGAAAAAAAGUCAAAACAAUUAGUUGGCGCCGUCAACUUCGGAGCCACUUUCAUUCCGAUGGUCUGUAUAGAGCGUUUCGGGCGUCGAGUUCUGCUGCUGGUUUCUGCAUGCGGCGUAAUGUUCGCGUUGAUUCUGAUGGGUGUCGCAUUUCUUUUGAUUAAUCGAAAUGUUGCAGAAACAAUUCCAGAUCCAUUAUUGACUCGAAUCUCAUCAAAACCCGAAUUAUUUGGUUGUGAUCAACUUUCUUCAUGUUUACCACUUGCGAAAUCAGGCGAUUCGACUGAAAUUGGAACGUGUGCAAGUGGUUUUAAUGCGACGAAAUUUAAAUUUGAAAUAGAAUUCUGUGAGACUAACUACACCCUGAUGCCAAUUAUCAUUAUGGUUAUAUAUCUGGUCUUCUUCGCAAUCGGUUUUGCACCGCUUCCGUGGGUUUUAAACGCUGAAUUCUACCCAUUAUGGGCCCGCAGCACAGGUUGCAGUCUUUCGACAGCAUCCAAUUGGACUGGAAAUUUGAUUAUUUCACUUACAUUCUUAUCGCUUUCUGAGGCGGCCACCAAAUACGGUGCAUUUUUCAUCUAUGCCGGUAUCACAUUCGCUAGUUUAAUAUUCAUUUAUAUAUGUAUACCCGAAACAAAGGGCCUACAGAUGGAGCAAGUCGAGAUGUUAUUCAUGUCGAAAAAACAAAAACGGGCUCUCAAUUCAGCAAUGCACCGAGAUCUGGACGUUUCGGCGUUUGACAGUUCGUACUCGAAUGACAAAGACAGAUCAAAUAAAAGUGACGCAUUCGAGAAAUUCUAA